CCUCUUUCGGCUCCAGACACGAAGAGCUCCUUUUCCACUGUGCCCUCCAUCCCUUCGCUGUCCCGACUCCAUCCUACCCUCCUGGUGCAGCAAUCAGCGUCUCCGCGGCUGCCUUCAUCCCGCCUUUAGCUCAUCCUGCAGAUUCGGGCAUCCUCCUGCCUCAGGUCCCCUUUCCGCUCUGCGUGCUCCCUCCGAAUCCCAUGGCACAUCUUUGCCUCGUUUUCCCUACUCGCGCUGCUUUCCAGCCCUGUGGAGGGAGUGCAGGCCCUUGGGAUCGGCGGGCUUGGGGGUUCUGCUAGGGAUGGGGCCCUGUUCCCCCACCCCACCCCCGGUUCGUCUUCUGCGCACAACAGUAAAGGCCGAAAAUCUGGGUCACAGCUGAGGAAGACCUCAGAUACGGAGUGCAGAAUGUGGCCUGCUCCGCUGCUGUCCCAGCUCCUCCCUCUCUGGCCACUGCUGCUGCUACCCCUCUCACCGCCGGUUCAGGGCUCCUCCCCUCGGUCCCCACCAGCCCCAGCCCGCCCCCCCUGUGUCCGGGGUGGCCCCUCAGCCCCUCGCCAUGUCUGUGUUUGGGAGCGGGCUCCUCCACCAAGCCGAUCCCCACGGGUCCCAAGAUCACGUCGGCAAGUUCUGCCAGGCACUGCACCUCCUGCCACCCCAUCAGGCUUUGAGGAAGGGCCUCCCUCAUCUCAGUACCCCUGGGCUAUUGUGUGGGGUCCCACAGUCUCCAGGGAGGAUGGAGGGGACCCCAACUCUGUCAAUCCUGGAUUUCUGCCCCUGGACUAUGGUUUUGCAGCCCCACAUGGGCUGGCUACCCCGCACCCCAACUCAGACUCAAUGCGGGAUGACGGAGAUGGGCUCAUCCUUGGGGAAACACCUGCUACCUUGAGGCCCUUCCUGUUUGGAGGGCGUGGAGAAGGUGUGGACCCCCAGCUUUAUGUCACAAUCACCAUAUCCAUCAUCAUUGUUCUUGUGGCUACAGGCAUCAUCUUCAAGUUCUGCUGGGACCGCAGCCAGAAGCGGCGCAGGCCCUCAGGGCAGCAAGGUGCCCUGAGGCAGGAGGAGAGCCAGCAACCACUGACAGACUUAUCCCCUGCUGGAGUCACUGUGCUGGGGGCCUUCGGGGACUCACCUACCCCCACCCCUGACCAUGAGGAGCCCCGAGGGGGACCCCGGCCUGGGAUGCCCCAACCCAAGGGGGCUCCAGCCUUCCAGUUGAACCGGAUUCCUCUGGUGAAUCUGUGAUGCUCCCCCAUGUUGGGGUGCUGCCAAGCGGGAGGCCAAGCGGCCGGCAUAGCCACCAUCCACUGAGGGUGGGGCAACCGUGGGGAACUGGGGCCAUGGUGGGGGGCUCCCAGCUCCUGCUCUUGCACACCGCCUGGACCACUCACUGACCCCAUGGGCAAGUCCAGUUGUUUGCCCUCCAGUGGUUGGGGUCCCCCAUUCCCACCCUUGCACAUUCACAUGAAAGCCUUGCACAUUGACCUCCACCCUCCCAGGCCUCCACAGUCAUGCUCAGCAGUCACGCUCUCCAUGCUGCUCUUCUGCCCGCCCCCACCCAUGUCUGCUCAGCUGGCUCCUAGCUCUCUCCCUCCUGUUGCCCAUGUCCCACUCCCUUUGCAUUUUCUGUGCCAUCUCAGACUGGGGACGUGCAUUUCUGACCAUUCCAUGGCACAGUGUGCUCACUGCCUCGACACCCACUGGUCUAGUCUCUGUGGCCCUUGCAUGCUGCCCUAGAGGUGGGUGGGAGGUGAGUUAGGGGCUCCUAGUGCCAUCUGCCAUGGCCCCGUCUCAUUCCAUGUCUCGCUGUCCUUCUAUCCCAUUCCAAGGGCACUGACUUUGAGGGCUCCCCCAUCGGAAUGGAGGUACUGAGGCCCAAUUGCUAAAUUCUGUCAUCCAUCUGAAAUAUGGGGUUGGGAGUCACCUGCUGCACUACACGAGAAGGGACUCCCAUGUCCUCCCUUCCCUCCCAAGUUCCUUGUCUUGUCUGUCCUGGCCGUUUUUGUGUGUAUGUGUCUCUAUGGAAUUCAGAGCCCCCCAACAGGUCCUCCUUUCCCCACCUUUCCUUAAGCCCUCCCUAACUGUACCUAGCUGCCAGGGACUGAAGCCAGCUGGUUCAAGGCCAUUGGGAGCUCUGCCUCCACAUCCACCCUUCUCUUCCUGGGUCCCUUCAUGUCCCCCUCUUCCCUUUCCUUCCUCUCCCUCUUACCCUCUCCUCAGGUUCUUCCCUUCUUUCUCGUUUUUUUCCACCCCCCUUCUUCCUCUAACCUGGCUCCUAUGCUGUGAUAUAUAUUUUUGUAUUAUCUCUUUCUUCUUGUGGUGAUAAUCUUGUGGGAUGUAAGUUUCAAAAUUUUCAAAUAAAGCCUUUGCAAGAUAA